AUGGAUCAACAACCUUCAUCAAGUUGUGACCAAAGGAUUUUAGCAAGUGAUGUGGACUUCGAUACCAGGAUCCAGAGACUCUUGAACGAUGAUGAUAACCUUUCUGAUGUUAGUUCAGAAGCUGACGAUUCGGAUCAAGAUCCCAACUAUGUUCCAUCAGACAGCGACAGCUCCAAUUGUGACUACAAUGACUCCAGUGAUGAUGAAGAUAUAAUGCUGGAGGAUGCGGUAGGUGUUGUCACUGUAGAUAACUACCUAGAUUCGCAGCCACAAGUUUUACAUGGAAAAAACGGAUAUGAGUGGAGCACUGUUGAGCCUCCAAGAAAUCGGCGAACGCCAGCUCACAAUAUUAUUAGGGGGCUGUCUGGUCUUACUGCUGAGGCUAAAGCUGUGGGCGAAAAUCCAACCAAAAAGGACGUUUGGAAAUUGAUCUUCACAGAUAGUAUGAUAGAUACUAUAGUGAAGGAAACCAAUAGAAAGCUGACGGAGCUUAGAGGAAGAAUAAGUGACCACACAUCAAAGUAUAAUUACAAUCCGUGUGAUCAAGUAGAGGUAAGAGCUCUUUUAGGGUUGUUUCUUUAUACCUCAAUAUUUAAAUCUGGACAUGAAGAUAUGAGAUCUCUGUUCAACAAAGAUCCUACUGGGCGACCAAUAUUUUUAGCUACAAUGUCGUGUAAAAGGUUUGAGAUUUUAAUAUCUUGUCUACGAUUUGACGACUCCACGACAAGAGAACAGCGCAAGGCAGAAGAUAAGGCAGCAGCAAUAUCUGAUUUAUUCAAUCAACUAAUCUCAAAUGGCAGGGGGUUGUUUUGUCCAAAAGCAAAUGUAACUGUGGAUGAGAUGCUUGUGCCUUUUAGGGGCAAAUGCCGUUUCAAACAGUAUAUGCCCAAAAAACCAGCAAAAUAUGGCAUAAAAAUCUUUUGUAUGGCCGAUUCAGGUAGUUCGUAUCUCUGUAAUGCUUUUAUUUACACUGGUAAAAACUGUUACAGUGUUGGUCUCACCAGAGAUGAACAACAACUACUGAAGAGUACGCAGACUGUCAUAAAAUUAACAAAGCAUAUAGAAAGAACCAAUCGUAAUGUUACUGCUGACAAUUGGUUCACUUCCAUCGAGCUAGUUGACCAAUUGAAACUAAGGGGAUUAACAUUUGUUGGCACUAUUAAAAAAAACAAAAAAGAGAUUCCUCCAGAAUUUUUACCUCACAGGCAAAGACGUGUGGGAUCUUCGCUGUAUGCUUUCCACAAUAACACAACGUUACUUUCUGUUGUGCCGAAGAAAAAUAAGGCCGUACUUCUUAUUUCCUCGAUGCACCACGAUAUUGAGACAAAUUCUGAAAUAAAUAAGCCUGAAAUUGUAGGAUACUACAAUAAGACUAAGGGUGGCGUUGAUACCCUAGAUAUGAAGACAUCUAUCUAUGGGAGUAAUCGAAAGACUCGUCGUUGGCCAAUGGCAGUAUUUUAUGCCAUAAUUAAUAUUGCCAGUGUUAACGCGUUCAUAUUGUUUCUUUGCUAUCGGGGAAGUCCAGUUUUGACAAGAUUUCAGUUUAUAAAGCAGCUGGCUUUUGAACUAGUAGAGCCUCAUAUUAGAAGACGACUAGAAAUGCCUAACUUGAGAGCAGACCUGAAAAAGACCAUUCUUUCUGUUCUUGGACAAGAACAGGAGCGAGGAGAAGUGCGUGACGAUCGCCUACAAAAGAGGAAAACCUGCAGCAUAUGCCCUUAUGAAAAGAAGAGAAAAACCCAAUACAAAUGCAUUGAAUGUGAGAACGCCAUUUGUUUGGAAUGCUCCCGCAAAGUGUGCCUAAAUUGUGCAAGGUAG